CAAGGCGGCAACAGGCCAGAACCCGAAUAAUUGAAGGGCCAGACUAGCACUGAUCGCCGCGUGAGGCGCUUUUUUGGGUUCGGCAUGUAACGGUGACGCAGCGAAUGGAGCUCUCGGACGGCUUAAAACGCACUGCCGAUAGCAAGGCGGAGGAGCGAUGGCACUCAACGUAUAAUAUCAUCGAUUCACUGGCGAGAUGCGCGAGCCUCGGAGCGCAAGCAAGCAAAUGGCUCCCGCCCGCCUGCACUCUCGCCUCUCCGGCAAAACCCCCGCUGGCGCCGACCGACGCUGCGCUGCCACCGCCGUCGCCCGCACCCGCACCCGCGGCCCUCCACCCCACCGACCCGCGCAACAAGACCGAGCGCUUCCGCCUGGUGCUGCAACAGCCCGCCGCCUUCAUGACGCCGGAGCUUCGGGACCAGCUGCGGCAGCGCGUGCUCGUCAUCGUGCGCGGCUACCUGUCCUCGCUGUACCGGGCCUGCCUGGGCGCCUACCUGGACCACCAGGCCGCCGCCGCCCAGGCGCUGGGCAUGCGAGUGCUGGUCGGCAACAUCUGCUGCUGCAGCACCUCCGCCCGCAACAGCGCAUCGCUGGCGGCCCAGAUCGCCGCACACACCGCCCCACACGACCGAGUCAUCAUCCUGGCACACAGCCACGGCACCCUGGCCGCCCUGGACCUGCUGUGCAACCCGGCCCACGCCGCCGUGUCGCAACGCGUGGAGUGCUUCCUCCCCCUUAACGGCGUGUUCGGCGGCACGCCCAUGGCAGACCUGUGCACCAGCUCGAGCCUGGUGAGUGCGGUGCUGGAGGCGACCUGGGGCCGGCUGCUGGCGGUGGUGGGCGGCGGCGAGGCGGGCGUGCUGCGCGACAUGACGGCGGCGGCGCGCCGCGCAUAUCACGCGCAACACGGCGAUCGCAUCGCGGCGGUGCUGCGGCGCGUGGCGGUGGUGGCGCUGGCGUCGCACUACCGCUGGCCCCGGUGGCCGCCGCCGCGGCUGCUGCGGGUUGCUGCUGUGGAGGCGGCUGUGGGUGUGGCCCUGCUGCCGCAGCGCAUGGUGAUGGACGCGAUGGGCUGGGCGCCCAAUGACGGCUGCGUGCCGCUGGCCAGCCAGCUGCUGCCGGGCGCGGCCUACGUGGUGUGUGAGGGCCUGCACCACGUGCACACCGUGGACGACCUGGGUGCGCUGGACCUCCGGGCGUUCACACACACGCUGCUGGUGCUGGCGUCGGAGGCGCGGCUGGCGCUGAUGAAGGAGCAGGGAGAGGAGGUACAGGGGCAGGCGGAGCGGGAGCGGGAGGAGAAGGAGGCGGAGGGUGGAGGUGGAGGCAAAGGUGGUGGUGGAGGUGGAGGGGCGGCGGCGGUGCACCGGCAUGAGGAGGAAGUGGCGCGGCGCCUGCUAGCGCCCGGUGGCGCCGGAGGUGGAGAUUAAGAGAAUCUGACGGUGUUGACGGUGGCGGGGUGAAGAGUGGAACGAAGGGACAAGCUGAGUAAGGGCGCCUUGCGGAUAUGAUAUGGCCGGUGUGGACAGGUGAUGACCGGGCGUGAUGCUGUCAUGCAAGGGGUACAUGGACAAUCGGACGCGUACGUGAAUGGAAAGAGCGAGGUGCGUUUGGGUACUGCAUAUGUACUGCACUGCUUAAUGAUUACGUGACGACAGUCCGAGGGAGGUCUGGUAUUGCGUACUUAUGACGAGCGCGAAUGCUGAGGAUCAGGCCAGUGAUGGAAGGGUGGAGGGCGGGCACGUUGGGGUGCCGGGGCCUCCCCUGUUGGUUGCGAGUUGCGCGGUAGUGUGCUUGUGGGGUCUGGCACUGCGGGUGACAGGUGAGCAAGCGAAGCCUCAUGGCGCGCACUAGGCUAUUGCUGCCCGGGAGACGCUGACCACGCGUGUAGGGGCUGGGGAGGGACUGGGCAGGGGCUGGGUGCGUGCAUGGGCUAACCGUUUUGUCGUUGCAGUCCCCUCCGACUGUCCCAGCAUAACAAUUGUAGCAUCUGUAGUAAUGAUGCACUAGAAGUCUUUAAUAUGACAAAUGGCGAAGUGGUGCUUUCAAGAGACACCAUGUAAACCCUGUUGCCCGAGAUGAGCACCACCACCCAAGCCAAGGAGUAUUUACAAUGCAUAAUCAAUUAUCCAGUGUAUGCGAGCAUCUGGCUGGCCGAAUGCGUCAAGCAAGCGGGGAACUGGUACGCAUUCUCAAGGCGCAGACAG